AUGAUCGUCUGGGUCCAGCUCCCUGCUCUGAAAAUCCAUUUAUAUCAUAAGGAGGUUCUGACUAUGCUGGGGAACCUCAUUGGGCGGACCAUCAAGCUAGAUUAUCAUACCCUAACUCAGCAGCGAGCGAAGUUUGCUCGGUUAGCAGUAGAAGUUGAUAUCUCGAAAGCCCUGGUUCCUAGAAUCUGGCUUGACGAUGAAUGGCAGAAAGUUGAAUAUGAAAACCUCCCUGAGGUCUGCUUCGAAUGCGGAAAAAUUGGCCACAACGUGGGUACAUGUCCCCAGAUAGCAACGACUACGUCACCGUCUCAAGGGAAUCUUGCCAGAGCUUUAGUGCCGGCCGGCCCGUCUCCUUCAUCGGAAGACCCAAAUCCGGGCUUCGGGCCAUGGAUGUUGGUAACGAGAAGAUCGCGGCGGAAUUCAGGGGAUGUGCAAAGAAAAGGAAAGGGGGAACAGGAUACAGGGACGCAGUUGACUAUUUCCAAAAGUGGGAAUCGUGGAGCAGCUGGCAAGGAAGCAAAUCAAAGUUUGCCCAUUUUGGCGACACCCAACGGUCCUUCGCUUCAACAGAAUCAAGCCCAAGAAAGGAAGGUGAAUAACGGGAAGAAAAGUGGCGAGGAUGGGAAAAAAGGUAAAGGGAAGACAACUAAUGAUCCAACAGGAAAAGGGAAAGGGAUUCUUGGGCCGAAGCCCAAAUCAGGAGCUUGCUCCUCAAGUCCAAGGCAGCCCGUGCAGGAAGGGGCUUCGUCUUCGUUCAGCCCGCCGGUGUCAUCAAGUGAUCAGCCAGCUCCUCUGAACAGCCCAGAUACGGCGAAUGGGCUCACAGCCCAUAAGCCAGCUUCCGGCCCACCCCAACCUCCAAUCUUCCGGUCUGUAAUGGGCCCCAAUGGUACUUUGAUGCAGAUCGUCGAAAACCCUCCUUCUCCAAACGACAACGGCGACCCAACUCCCUCAUUAUCGGCAAGAACUAAACAGAGCAAGGGUAAGAAAACGCAAGGAAAAAGGUCGCCGGCCAAGCUGAACCCGAUGAAACCUUUGCAAAUCUGGUCGCCAGUGAAGGAAAGAAAGCCCAAAUCAAAGUCGCGCAUGGCUUCGUUGACUUUGCAGGAAAUCAGUGCUUGGACGGAAGCGGCAAAGAAAUCGUCAAACGGAGACGGGGAGAAAGAGCCGAAUGGGCUGAAUGGCCAGACGCAGGCGAACAGCUCGGGCGACGCAACUCCGACCUAG